AUGGUACUGCUGGGCAUUAUUCGUGUGAAAAGACAACUGGUUCUAAAAUAUGUCACAGGAACUGAUUCUGGUUUGAAAGUUUGUCUUUCAGAUUGGUAUGGGAAAAACUGUCUGAAUUAUUGCAAAGCACAGAACGACACAAACGGUCAUUACUUCUGUAAUGGGACAAACGGUUCGAAGAUUUGUUACCAGGACUGGUUUGGAAAUAACUGUACGACGUUUUGUAGGGAAAAAAAUGGUUCUUCUGGACAUUAUUUCUGUAACCAAAGUACAGGUUUCAAGAUUUGUCACCGUCAUUGGUACGGACGCCAUUGCCAAAUAUAUUGUAAACCACAAAAUGACUCGAGAGGCCAUUUUGUAUGUAACAAAACAACUGGUUCCAAGAUAUGCCAUUCAAACUGGUAUGGGGCAAAUUGUGAAAUUUACUGCAAGGGAAAGGAGGAUUCACGUGGACACUACAAGUGCGAUAAGGCCACAGGACUUAAGAUAUGCCUUCAAAAUUGGUUUGGAACUAACUGUAGAAGAUAUUGCAAGAAACAGAAUGAUGUAACUGGACAUUAUCACUGUAACCAAACAACAGGUUCUAAGAUUUGCUAUCCAGAAUGGUUUGGAACAAACUGCACGACACAUUGUAAAGAGAAAAACGAUUCUACUGGACGUUAUUCUUGUGAUAAGGCUGAUGGUUCUAAGAUUUGUCAUCUCAAUUGGUUUGGAACUAACUGUAGAAGAUAUUGCAAACCAAGUAAUGAUUCAAAUGGGAGUUACAACUGUAACAAAACAACUGGAUUUAAGAUUUGCCAUUCACACUGGUUUGGAGAUAACUGUACAAAAUACUGCAAGGAAAACAACGAUUCUAGUGGACAUUAUUCCUGUAAUGAAGCAAACGGAGAAAGAAUAUGUUACCGAAACUGGUUUGGAGAAAAUUGUACGGAAUAUUGUAAGGAGCAAAAUGAUUCAGACGCACAUUAUUCCUGCAAUGAGCUCACAGGUUCAAAGAUUUGCCAUAAAGAUUGGUUUGGAACGAAUUGCACACGGUUUUGCAAAGAAAGGAAUGAUUCUUUCGGGCAUUUCUAUUGCAACAAGACAAGCGGGUUGAAAAUCUGCUAUUCGAACUGGUUUGGUUCAAACUGUUCUGCAUUUUGUGAUGAAAAAAAUGAUUCGUUAGGACAUUACUUCUGUAAUACAACAACCGGGUUGAAAAAUUGUCAUCCAAAUUGGUUCGGAAUCAACUGUGAAUCUUAUUGUAAAGAAAGGAAUGAUUCAUCUGGACAUUAUUCGUGUAACAGGACAAGUGGAUUAAAAAUUUGUCAUCCAAACUGGUUUGGAAUCGACUGUUUGACGUUUUGUGAAGAAACAGAGGAUUCACCUGGUCAUUACUCGUGCAACAAAAGCACGGGAUUGAAGAUUUGUAAACCAUACUGGUUUGGAGCGGACUGUCAGAGAUAUUGCAAAGAAAGGAAUGACUCUGCUGGGCAUUAUUCCUGCAACAUGACAACUGGUUCCAGGAUUUGCCAUCCGCAAUGGUUUGGAGUGAAUUGCACAGCGUAUUGUAAACCAGAAAAUGCUUCAACAGGCCGUUAUUUUUGUAAUAACGAAACAGGAAAUAAAGUCUGUCAUCGAAAUUGGUUUGGAACAAAUUGUUCAACUUAUUGUAAAGAACAGAAUAAUUCUAAUGGACACUUUUAUUGUAAUAGGACAAACGGUUUGAAAAUGUGUCAUCCAAACUGGUUUGGAGCAAACUGUACAGCAUAUUGUAAAGCAAGGAAUGAUUCAACUGGACGUUACUACUGCGAAAAACAGACUGGUGGUAAGAUUUGCCAUCAACAUUGGUACGGCAUGAACUGCACAACGUAUUGCAAACCAGAGAAUGAUUUGAAAAGCCAUUUCUUCUGUGACAAGGAAACAGGAAUAAAGAUCUGUCUACCAAACUGGUUUGGAACUGACUGUUCAAAAUUCUGCAAAGCACAGAACACUUCGACUGGCCACUAUCGCUGUAAUAUAACAAACGGUUUCAAAAUCUGUCAUGCCCAUUGGCUUGGUCCUGAUUGCUCAGUCUAUUGCAAGGAGUCAAAUGAUUCUGAAUCCGGGUAUUAUUCAUGCAAAAAGACAACAGGCUCGAAAUUGUGUUACCCAGGAUGGUUUGGGACUAACUGCACAACGUAUUGUAAACCAAUGAAUGACUCUAAUGGCCAUUACCAUUGCAAAAAUACAAGCGGAUCGAAGAUCUGCCAUACACAUUGGUUUGGGGCUAACUGCACGAAAUAUUGUCAUGAGCAGAAUGACGGAACUGGCCAUUAUUCCUGUGAUAAGGCAACUGGUUCAAAGAUUUGCAACCGUAACUGGUUUGGUAGGAAUUGCACUGUUCAUUGCAAACCAAGGAGCGAUUCAACAGGACACUACUUUUGUAUAGAGAAAACUGGUUCGAAAGCAUGUUAUCCAAACUGGUUUGGCGCCAACUGCACAAAAUAUUGCAAGCAACAAAAUGACAGCAAUGGACAUUAUUAUUGUAAUGUUACUACAGAAACGACUCUAAUGGACAUUACUCUUGUAAUGAGACAACAGGCUUUAAAAUCUGUCAUCCAGAGUGGUUUGGAGAUGAUUGUACGACACACUGCAGAGAACAAAACGAAACAUCUGGACAGUAUAAAUGUAAUAAAACAACUGGAGUGA